AUGUUGAUCGCGCGGGGUGCAUUUUUCGGGUUUGCGGGUGCGACAUUUUGUCUAGUACUAUCAUGUUUGGGUGCUGCGUAUGGUACGUCGCAAGCUGGGAUCGGGCUGUGCAGAGGAUCCGCAAAACGUCCGUCCGUCACUAUAAAAGCGAUAAUACCAGUUGCCAUGGCUGGUGUUCGAGGGAUUUAUGGACUAGUUCUGAGCAUAAUCAUCUUAGCAAGUGCUACAAGUGCUGGGGAAAGCUACUCUGAAUUCAGUGGUCUACUGCAUCUAUGUGCAGGCGUUUGUUGUGGUAUGGCGCAGUUCGCGAGCGGAAUUACAGUUGGAGUAAUCGGUGAGAGCUCAACGCAAGCUAUUGUCACAAGACCAAGGCUGUUUGCACCCGCCAUUUUGAUUCUCAUUUUCUCCGAAGCUCUUGCACUGUAUGGACUGAUUUCUGGUAUGAUUCUUGUGCAAACUAGCUAG